UCUGGAAAAUGAGAAAAAAAGAAGAGAAAAUGCAGAGAAAGAAACUCAGAAGAUUGCAAGAGAGACAAUGGAGCUCAUGGAAAGACUUCGACAAAUUGAAGAGAAGACCAAAAAAGCUCAUGAGGAACUUAAAGAGCAGACCAAGCGGGCGUUGGAGCUGGAGCGGGAGAGGAAAUUAGCGCAGGAAGAAGCUGAGCGACUGGAGAAAGACCGCAGGAUGUCAGAAGAAGUGAAGUCAGCAUUACUGCAGCAAUCUGAGAACCAGAUCAAGAACCAGGAAAAUCUGGCAACAGAGUUGGCCGAGCUGACAUCCAAGAUCACUCUUUUGGAAGAUGCCAAAAAGAAGAAAGAGGAUGAGGCCAGGAAAUGGCAGAGAAGGGCGAUUAUGGUUGAGGUAGACCUGGAGAAGACAAAAGAGGAGUUGAAGAGUAAGCUAAUUGGGGUCCACAUCCAGGCAAUGUCCCAGGCGGAGAAUGACCAUGAUGAAAAUGAUGAGAGCAGUGCUGAGGCCAGUGCUGAGCUCACAUCCACUGGAACAUGUCAAGACCGCAGUGAAGAGCAGCGCAUAACAGAAACGGAAAAGAAUGAACGUCUGCAGAAGCGCCUACAGGCUCUGAGCUCAGAGCUGGCAGAUACUUGUGAUGAAAGCAAGAAAACUGCAAACGAUCUGAUCCACGCCGAGAACGUGAGGUUAGGGAGGGACAAAUACAAGACUUUACGGCAAAUCCGACAAGGAAACACCAAACAGCGCAUUGAUGAAUUUGAGUCCAUGUGAAUUCCCAGUUGGACAGAAUGUCAUACGUGGUCCCACUUUAUAUUAGGUGGCCUUAACUACUAUGUACUUUCAUUUAAAUUAAUCAUUU